AUGACUAGAGGUAGGUAUCCGUUUUAUGCUAUCAGGAAGGGGAAGGAUCCUGGUUUAUACACGGACUGGGAUGACUGCAAAGAUAAGGUGCUUGGCGUGAGUAAUAGCGAGUACAAGGAAUUCAAGGAUGAGCAGAAAGCCGUUGAAUGGCUGAAGAGAGGCGAAGUCCAUGUACCUAGAGAAAGGAACAACGAUGGCGAAAGAAUGUUGUUGCUGCCGAUGGGUGGUCUCCGCAUAACCACUGGAGGCGGCAGGCUUCUCAGUCGACAAGAAGAGGGUUCUGGCAGCACUGGCAAGUUCAUCCAUGUAGGAGCAACCUCCGGUGGGAGCAGUGAAGGAAUGAAAGAAGACAUAGUGGAAAAGGCAAAUGGACCGGUGUUCAUCGAGGACAUGGAGGGGCAGCUAUUUAGAGUAUGCUUGUUUUGA